UAACUGGAGGGUGCGGGUUUCUUGGACAGCACCUGCUGCGAGUUUUGUUGGAGAAAGAAGAAAAUGUUAAGGAGAUAAGGCUUUUUGAUAAACACAUAUACCCAAAUCUACAACAUCAGAGUACAGGGUCCAGCUCACAAAGGGAGCUUAUUCAGUGAUUUCACCAUCCCCAACUGAGAAGAUUCUUUAAAUGCUCUAUAAUUGAGCAACUCAUUGUGUUAUACAGUAUGUGAGAGAGAGGUUUCUCAUUCCAAUAAUAAAAAUAUUAUGUGUUUGUAAGGGGGUUCAGUGGAAAGGAGGAGGCGAGAACCGGCUUGACAACUUAAUAAUCUAAUUAACAACUUAAACAAAAACACACAAACAUAAUCACACACAGGGCAGCUGCCUGUAAUUCUCUCUCUCUCGAACUGUCGUCCCCGGCCACAUUUAUCCCUCGCGCGCCGCAUCAGGCUGAUUGGGGACCGGGCGUGCGUCAUUCCAGCCCGGCCCCGCCCUCCUCGGCUCUACAGUGGUUUUAUACAUUAAUAUGCCUAAAUUAAAUUGAUAAAUGAACAGCAUAGCUGUGUGUUGAAAACCUGCUCAGCUGGAGCACAAGUCCUUUUUUAACUAUUCUGUAUUUACUGUAACACCUUCCUGAGAAAUAGAUAAACAGUUUGGAAUUUAGAUUUUGAAGUUGCAUCUGGCUUCAGUUUGCAGAUCAAAUGUUCUUUAUUAGCUAGAGUUUGUUAUACUGCAGGAUCCAUUGUUCUGCCUUUGUGUAUUGUUGUCCUUGCAUUUACUCCUGUAGUGAGAAUCACACGGCACCAAUUGAAAUGAACUGGGCCUCUCACAAGACACCAAAGUACGUGGUGAUUUUUGAUCACACUUCACUUAAGGUGUAUGUGUUUGUAAUUAUUAAUAUCAGAUGGCCCCUCCCUCCAUCCCUAGCACCAGCUAAGGAGUCUCACCUUAACAGUAUAACAUUUAUCCAAAUGGACCUUUCAGUAAAUUAAAAAUAUUUGGUCAUCUGAAUAAUCUGAAGGAUUCAGGAGCAGCCUUACUCUUUAGAGCUGUUCUGUAUCAGGAACACACAGUUGCAAUAAAAUAAGUUUUAUUUACAAAAAAAUAAACAAGAAUAACUAACAAAAACUACAAUAUGGUACUAAUAUGCUUAACGAUAAAAUAAAUGAAUAGGUAAAUAAAGUGCAUAGGAUGGAAAGAUGUAAGUGGUUGAAUUGGAUGUAGCAAUGGUAAAGUAUGACUAUUAUCUUAAGGAAAGAUAAAUUGCUGUUUCUCUGUUAAUUAAUAAAGUGAAAACCUUAUUUCCAUUUAAACAAAUAACUUGAAUAUUAUUUGCAAGACAUUUUAACACCAGUUAUGCAAUCUAAAUAACAUUAGAAAAUCAAACUGAUAGUAUACACUAAUGCCAAGGUCUCUGGAAAGAGGUUAAGUAGUGAUAUUUACAUUCUCCUUGAUCGAUCGAUGAGUUCUGUGAUGGCGAUGAGCCCCAGUGGAAGACAGGACAACGUUACAGUUGGGGAGGAGCUGGAUUCCAUUUUAACAGCCUUGGACAUGAAGGAGCUGAGGAAUGCUGACAUCUUGGAAGCACAGAGAGGGUUCUUGCAAUCUGGAACAUGCAGAUAUACAGCCCUUAGUGAGACCAGAACGGAGAAGUGUUAUAGAAGUGUAUCCUGUCAACAACCCUCUGGAUGGGUGCUCAGAGUAUGUGAAGGUUGUGUUGACACAGGGAGAUAUAACAGAUUACAGGAGCGUACAGUACGCCUUUAAGGGAGCAGACCUGAUCAUCCACACAGCUAGUUUGGUUGACGUGUGGUACAGAGUCCCUGAAAAGACCAUCAAUGCAGUCAAUGUACAAGGAACGGAGAAUGUAAUAAACGCCUGUGUGGAAAAUGGUAUUCAGUAUCUGAUCUAUACAAGCUCCAUGGAGGUGGUUGGUCCGAAUGUAAAAGGAGAUACCUUUGUUAGAGGGGAUGAAGAUACUCCAUAUAAUGUAUUCCAUGAGAUGGCUUACCCUAAGACCAAAGCUGCAGCUGAAAAAAUGGUGCUGGAAGCCAACGGCACAAAGGUAAAGGGAGGAGCUACUCUCUACACAUGUGCUCUGCGACCAACAGGUAUCUAUGGGGAACAGCAUCAGCUCAUGAAGGACUUCUACAAAAAUGGGGUCCGUACACAUGGUUGGGUUAUCAGAGGAGUUCCACGGAAUACAGAGCAUGGACGGGUCUAUGCAGGUAACGUGGCUUGGAUGCACUUGCUGGCAGCACGUGCUCUGCGAGAGCAUCCUGAAAGGCUGGGUGGGGAAUUUUAUUUUUGCUACGAUGACUCGCCAUACAAAAGCUACGAAGACUUCAACAUGCAAUUUCUGUCGGCCUUCAACUUUCGAGCGUUACCGUUGCCGGUGUGGGUGCUAUGGUUCAUAGCAUGGAUGAAUGACCUGCUGCGCUGGCUCCUUAAGCCAUUUUACAACUACACACCACUGCUCAAUGGAUACACACUCGCAGUGGCCCGCACGUCCUUCACUGUGAGCACAGACAAGGCGUUUCGACACUUUCAAUACCAACCACUCUACAGCUGGGAGCAAUGCCUGGCACGCACACAGAGCUGGGUGAACACGUUUCCUUUAGAAACCAGCACUAAGAACACUUAACAGCUUCUUGAUGUAUAAUUAACACACCUGUGGUCAAAUUUUGCCACAUGAGAUUUUCUUUCUAGCUCACUGUGUCAAGCAAUAGGUUUCUCUUAUCCAUGGCUUCUUGUAUUAUGCCACACUGUUCAGAAAAGUAUACACUGUUUGAGUCUGAAAUACUAUAGCAGUGCACAGUAUGUUAUUUUAAGUUAACAUUUAAAACUAGUACAGCUAAACAACAUAGAAUUGCUGCUGACAUGAUCUAUUAUGCAUUUAGAUAAAUAAUAAAUAAAAUUGAUUUGAUUUAAUGAUUCAGGUAAUGGUAGCAGUUGUAGGCAUAAGCUUUACAUCACACACAGCAUUUUUAUGUUUUGUGUGUAACUUCAAAAUUCAUGACUCAAGCUAGUAUCUUGACGGUAAUCUGUCAAUACAGAAAUGUGUCAUAUUCUUUUGUCUGAUAGCUCCAGUUGUAGCAGAAUGUUCUUUAUCAAUAUUAUACAACAGUGUAUACAAACCACCAAUUUACUUGUUUAUUUAUAAUAUAAAUAUAAUUACCUUAAUAGUUUUGCCUUACAAAUAUUUAGUUUUUUGAAUGAAACACUUUAUUUUAUAUGUUAAAAUAAGUCUUGAAAUGCAAAAUAAACCAUUUUACUCGA